AUGGUUCAAGACCAUCCUGCUCGGAUACUAGCUGAUACUGGUGCUGGUUUGUCCAUAGUCUCAGAUUCUUUCAUUAGUAAGUACCAAAUACCCACAAAACCCAUAAAAACAAGAUCGAUCCAUGGUGUCACUGGGCACCAACUCUCCAUCAAUAGUUCUGCAAGCAUGCAGGUAUCUAUUGGUACACACAAUCUGGGUGUGGUCGAAGCUUCAGUGGCCGACACUGCUGACUAUGACCUCAUCCUGGGGUUCACUGAGCUAUGGAGGCUCAAACCCACCAUACAAUGGGAUAUGGGCCAGCUGGAGUUCAAGACUCAGGAGCAGGACCAACCCCUGAGGAGACCCCCGGAAGCAGCAAGAGCAGGGGACCUAACCAUGAGGAGACCAACCCUUCAUGGUAACGAGUUUGUCUCAGCAGAGUGCAUACUACGAGCAGCUCUAGAAGAUGGACCCAUAGGGUUCAUGCUGUUGGAGGAGCCACCAUCAUCACUCCCAGCCUUUGGUUUUGUACCUACAGGCGCAGACAAAGGAGUCGAGAUGAAGGUGGAGGUAGACAAGGUGGUGAUGGCUGCAGACAUACCAAAGCCAUACCAACACCUGCAAGAUGUGUUUGAUGAGGUGGAAGCAGACAAGCUGCCCCAUCAUACUGAGCAUGAUCUCCACCUCGAGUUGAUAGAAGGAGUGCUCUUCAUACCAAAGAAGGAUGGAGGUCUCAGACUCUGUGUGGACUACCAAGGUCUCAACGAGAUCACUGUCAAGAACAGGGCACCAUUGCCCCUCAUUGAGGAGCAGCUGUUCUUACUCAGGAAGGCAAGGAUCUAUACCAAGCUAGACCUUAGAGCAGCAUACAACCUCAUCCAGAUUGCUAAAGGAGAUGAAUGGAAGACAGCUUUUGGCACUCAGUUGGGACUCUAUGAGUACCUAGUGAUUCCCUUUGGCCUAGCCAAUGCUCCAGCUCACUUCCAUGACACUGAAGAAGCACAUGUGAAGCAUGUCACCGAGGUCCUCACUCGCUUAAGGAGCAACAGGCUCUUUGCUAAGCUGUCGAAGUGUGAGUUCCACACCAAAACAGUCGAGUUCCUGGGGUACAUCAUCAAGCCAACAGGCAUAGAGAUGGACCCAGAAAAGGUGCGCACUGUCAAGGAGUGGCCAAUGCCAGAGUCAAUCCAUGACAUCCAGAGGUUCCUGGGUUUUGCCAACUUCUAUCGAAGGUUCAUAGCCCACUUUGCUCGCAUAGCCAAGCCCUUGACAGCAAUGGUAAAGCCUAUAGAACGGUUCAAGAAGUUCGAGCUACCAGAGGAGGCCCAACAGGCCUUCCACAAGCUCAUCCAGGCCUUCACAUCAGCAGGAGUGCUUCAGAACUUCGACUACCACCUUCCAACAAGGUUGGAAACUGAUGCAAUGGCCUUCUACUCUAGGAAGAUGUCUUCUGCCGAGAAGAACUAUGAGAUCCAUGACAAGGAGCUCCUAGCUGUGGUCGCCUGCCUCACUCAGUGGCGACACAUGCUAGCUGGACUACCGAGCCAACUGGUCAUCCUCGCUGACCAUGAAGCCCUCAAGUACUUCAAGUCACAGAGACACAUCACAGGAGACAAAGGUGGUGAACCCGAUGCUCUCACCAGAAGGACAGACAUGCAACCAGCUGGUGAAGAGCAGGAUCACAAUGUAAGGCAACUACUGCCUCCUCGAGUGUUCAAGGAGACAGCAGACCAUGACUCGACCCUAGUGGCCCCUAUGCUCUCGAUGGAGUCCAUAGCAUCAAAAGGUCUCAGAGACCUGGUCAAGAUCUUCCAGCCCUUAGACCAAGAGCUACAGGAGAUACAUAGGAAGAAGCCCUUCAAGGUCAAGGAUGACCUAUGGUACAGUGGAGGGAGGUUGGUUAUCCCCAAAGUGAUCAUGCCAGGGAGGACCAACAACCAACACUCAAGGAGUGCCAAAGAGGUAGAUGGACAGUCUCUCUCUGUAGAGCAUCUGCGAUUCAUGGUGAUGACCCAAUGCCAUGAUGAUUGGAUUGCAGACUAUGUAGCAAGUUGUCCUGUAUGUGCUAGGUACAAAGCUCCUCGUCACCGUCCAUAUGGUUUGCUACAGCCACUAGCAACACCAGACAGGCCCUGGGGCUCCAUAUCCCUCGACUUCAUCGAAGGACUACCACCAUCGAAGAAGUAUGACUCCAAGACCUAUGACUCUAUCUUAGUCAUUGUCGACCGGUUAACCAAGUUUGCCAUACUAGCUCCAACCCAUAAGAUGGUCACGACCAAACAGACUGCAGUGUUGCUAUAUGGACACAUGGUUAGACUCUUUGGAUAUCCAGAUCACAUGGUCUCGGACCGAGGCAGGCAGUUCAUAUCAGGAGCAUGGAAGGCAUUUGCAGAGCAAAUGGGUGUGAAGCACUCACUUAGCAUGGCUUACCAUCCUCAAACUGAUGGUCAGACAGAGAGAGUCAAUCAGGUCAUAGAGCAAUACCUCAGGAUGUACUGCAACUAUGAACAGGAUGACUGGGCCAACCUGCUGGACACUGCAGCCUUUGUAUACAACAGCAUGGUCCACAACAGCAUUGGUGUCUCACCAUUCUUUGCAUGCUAUGGAUGGAACCCCAAAGCUCAUCCUGACAUCCCUCAACGACUAGGAGUCAAUGACCCAGGUCGCUUCGAGUACCUCAUGGAUGGAAAGGAGCAUUGCAAGUACCUCCAGGAGCAGAUCAGAGAGGCACAAUGUAGAUCAGUAGACCAGUAUAACAGGAAGCACAAGGACAUUGAGUUUAAGGUGGGUGAUAUGGUCUAUAUCAACCAUCGAAACUGGAAGACAAGGAGACCCACACCCAAGUUAGAUACCUGGUUUGCAGGACCCUACCCAGUUCAGGAAUGGGUAGGACGCCGAGCUUAUCGAAUCACAUUGCCAGCAAACCUUAGGGUGCAUGAUGUGUUCCAUGUCUCCAUGCUCGAACCAGCAAGAACCAGUUAUCUGUCAUGGGCCUAG